UCAUAUAUGUAAUAGGUCUCAUUAUUAGUCCACAUCACUUACUAGAAAACAUAAAAAAAACCAUCUUGAAUGUUUUAACCAAAGAAACAAUGGAUUGGUAUUCUUGGUUAUCCAAAACUAGCCUUGAUCAAACACUUACCUAUGAGUAUGGUCUUAUUUUCAGCAGAAAUGAGAUUCACAAAGAGGAUCUAACUUACUUCAACCAUGAGUUCCUACAAAGCAUGGGCAUAACUAUAGCCAAACACAGACUAGAGAUUCUCAAAUUGGCAAGAAAGGAAGGAGGAGCCUCAUCAAAUGGCCUUUCAAGACUUGUUUUGGCAAUCAACAAAACCAAGAAGCUCAUUUCCAAGAACUUCAACAAGCUCAGUUUUCACCGAACCUCGACUCAUCUGGCUCUAUCCGAGCUCAAACCUUAUCGAACACAAUGGACCGGAGCACUAAAGAUGCUCGAGAGCUCGAAGGAACAAAGGCAAGAGAAAGCCAUAGUUACAACCAGAAACACGAUGAAGUCAGGACCACUAGACAGAAGAAUGCAAGACAAAAUGAUGGUUACAAGUAGGAAUCUGAGUGUCUCAGGUCCUUUGGAUGGGAAAAUUCAAGAAAAAUUGAUGUACCCUAAUAGGAGUCCAAUGAAGUCUGGGCCAUUGGACAGAAGGUACCAAAAUAGUGCUGUUUAUCCAAGCAGAAGCAAUAAAUCUGGGCCACUGGAUGCAAAGGGCAUGAGCCCAAGGCUUAAUCACUACAAUCAAGAAAUAAUACCAGCUGAUGAUGGGGUUUACUCACAAUGGUCUUUAAUGUUUCAAGAUAUGAAGCCCACUUGACAACUCAUAUGAAGCUGCAGAUUACAGAAUCCUAGGUUAGUUUGUUUUUAGUAGAUAUCAGCUUUGGUUUGAUUUUUAGUAGCAAAAAGGAAGAAUUUACUUUAAGGUAUGGAACAGGCAUGGGGGUUGCUGUGUAACCUUCUUUUCUGCAUUUGUGUACUUGAAAGUCUUGAAUUAAGCUAAGUAUCAAUAAUGUAUGAUGGUUGGUUCAUAUUGAACACAAAAAUUGAAAUUUUAAGCAACGCGAAUCUACUACCACCGGUUUUUCCCAAGAGUUCACUACAGAGCUACCAAAUAUAUGCAAUAAAAGACUAGCAGCAACAAAUAGAUAACAGAGAUUCUACACCAAUUCCUUUCUUCUUCGCUCAUGUAAUGUCAUGUAUAUAAGAUGAAGAUCAUGUCUUCCUAUCGGGAAAGGCAUUAAAGGUCAAAUGCAGGACCUUGAAGAUAUGCGAUUUUGGGGUACACUUAACGCAUAAUGAAAGGAUCUCGCGGGGAGUUUAUUCUGCAAGAGUGGUAUGAUGGUGGGACUUGAUAAUGAUUUUCACAUGCAAUACUCUUUCGAUACUAAGAAAGACAGGUUUCAUGUCAUUCUGUGGUACUACAAAUCAGUGGCGGAGACACCUUAGGCUGAGGGGUGUCAAUUGACGCCCCUUUGCUGGAAAAUUACACUGUGUAGCUAGAUCAAAAAUUUAUUUAUAUGUAUAUAUACUAUAUGUUGAAUCUC